AGCACCAGAGCCGGAGGGAGAAGCCAGCCUGGAGCGGCUCAGAGGUUUCUGGAGAAAUAUGGCUAUUUUGAGUCUGUGCACCAAGUACCGGACUUAGCAGGAUUCCCAGAUGCCAUAAAGGAAUUUCAAUGGAUUUCUCACCUGCCCCUCAGUGGCACCCUGGAUGCCAUCACUCUCCAUCACAUGAGUCUCCCUCGCUGUGGUGUCAAUGAUGCAGAGAGCCACACGGCAUGGAAGAAGCGCAUGGAUGCCCUGUUCUCACGAGGGAAAGCCCGGAAGAGUCGCAGGAAACGAUACUUGCAUCAGAGUGGCAAAUGGUAUAAACGACACUUGACUUACCGGCUAAUCAACUGGCCUUGGUAUCUGCCAGAGCAUCAGGUCCGUCUGGCAGUGAAAACAGCUUUUGAGCUAUGGAGCAAUGUCUCUUCCUUGGUGUUUUGGGAAGUAGCAGAAGAGCCUGCAGAUAUUCGCCUGACGUUCUUCUAUGGGGAUCACAAUGAUGGAGUUGAGAAUGCCUUUGAUGGUCCAGGGGGUGCUUUGGCACACGCCUUCUUCCCACGCCGUGGUGAGGCCCAUUUUGACAAUGACGAGAGAUGGUCCCUGGACAGUGGGAAAGGCCGUAACCUCUUUGUGGUGAUGGCACAUGAAAUUGGUCAUACGCUGGGCCUGGAACACUCCCCUGUGUCCAAUGCUCUUAUGUCCCCCUACUACAAGAAGCUGGGCAAGGGUUUUGUCUUGAGCUGGGAUGAUGUUCUUGCCAUUCAGAAUUUAUAUGGAAAACCGUCCCGAGGACCAAUAGUCCAGCUUCCAGGAAAAUCAUUUGCUCGUUUCCAGGAUGGGAAGCAGUACCUUGAAAACAGGGAGCAGAAUCAAGAGACAAGUUUCAGGUUCCAUUACUGCAUGUCAUUUUUUGAUGCCUUAACUGUAGAUAUGGAAGAUAAUAUGUACAUCUUUAAAGGAAAAUAUUAUUGGAUUGUAUCCAAAGGAGAGUCUGCUGCUGGUCCAUACCUUCUCCAAGCCAAAUGGCCAGGUCUUCCUUCUGCCAUUGAUGCUUCAGCUUUCUCCGAGAAAGACAGGAAAUUCUACUUUUUUAAAGGGGGCCGAUGCUGGCGUUACAAAGGAUCUUCUCUGGAAGUUGGUUUUCCCCAAAAGUGCAGCCUUACUAGUGAUCUCCCACGCCACCCUGACACUGCCCUGUUCUUCCAGCCACUCCAUCAGCUGGUGCUUUUCAAAGGACCUAAGUAUUAUGUAGUCAAUGAGGAGACCCUCCAAGUGGAACCUUAUUAUCCUCGAAGCUUGAAAGACUGGGGAGGGGUUCCAGCUCUAGCAAAUGGUGCUGUCACACAUCAGGAUGGCUUUGUCUACUUCUUUCGAAAUGACCAAUUCUGGAAAUUCAAUCCAGAGAAGCUAGAAGUGGUAGAAACUGGAAAAUGGGCUGCUCGGCUGAGGUGGCUAGGUUGUCAGGAUGUCAGUCUAAAUCAAGCUGGGACCUGAUAUUUCUGUUUAUCUCUGGAUUUGUCACACAUUUUUCUAGUAAAAUCUCCAGAAGGCUAGAACUUUCAUAAACCAUUUACUCUGUUCAGCAGCAUUCCAAGUUUGUGUUUAAUCUGGUCCCAAAGAGAUUACAGAAAAAACCAAAAGCAAUACACAAGGCCUGAGCCAAAAUUAUAUUUUCUGGAAGAAAAGUAUGAACCCUCCAGAAACAAAAGUUUGAUGUGAGGAACCAUCAAUCAAGACUUGCACCAUCAACGUUGAGUGUUAAUUUUAUUAUGACAUGGGUGAGACAAAGCGCUUCUUGAUUUGGAGUGAUCAUAAGACACUAGAUUGAUGUUGUGCUUCUAGUCAGUCAGAAGGAAGGAAGACAGAAGAUAAGAUUUAUUCUCCACUGGCAAUUGGUUGCACCUUCAUAUAGAAACAGGCCUUCUUCUUACAGCUAUCAACUUAACUGGGAGUCUUCUGUAAUAUUGUCGAUCUUUAUCAUCCAGAAGUGACUGCCAUGGAGAAUGCAAAACCAGAAGGUCUUUUCAGCAAUAAAUUUUCCUCUACAACUGAGCCUCAAAUACUGGUGCCUAAUCAUGUACCAUCUGCCUAUGGAUUUUGUUCCAUUUGAUACUACUUCAGUAUGGAGCUUUCCCCACCAUCCAGCCAGAGCUGAAGAAGCUUCUUGGAUGAGAAAUGAAAUGUCUUCAAAGAAAAACCAGAAAGUCCAGUUGCCUCUUGAAAAGCAUCUUUGGGACAACCAUGACCUGGAUGACUGAGAAUGUCCAUAGACAUAUGGAGCUAAGGGUGUUACUACCUCUCCUUCCUGUUAGAUACUGUAUUGUAAUUUCUGUAUGGUGCUUUUAGUUUCUUUCUUACACAGGUAGCCAUUUUGUAGGAUUAUGAUGUUAUAUUAUAGCAAUCCUUUAUUCUUUUUCCAUAUAUGUAGUUUCAUUGCAACGAUUGUAUAAAGAAAAAAUAUGGGACAAUGGUACACUCAGAAAGGACUCUAUGCCAUCCGGUGGUGGGAUUCAAAUUUUUUUACUACCGGUUCUGUGGGUGUGGCUUGGUGAGCAUGGUGUUGCUUGGUGGGCAUGACUUGGUGGGUGUGGCAGAGGAAGGAUACUGUAAAAU